AUGGCUUCAGUAAAUCCGAAUACAUAUGACUUUAUUGUUGUUGGUGGUGGAACAGCUGGGAAUGUUGUUGCAGGCAGAUUAGCAGAGAAUGCUGAUGUGAAGAUACUCGUGAUUGAAGCUGGACUCGGUAAUCCAGACGAUAUACCAGAGAUAACAACACCCGCUCGCGCAUUCGAACUCCGAAGCAGCAAGUAUGACUGGUCCUAUCAGACGACCUUCGUCGACAGACCUGACUAUGAGCGGGUUGAGAAACGCAAUACCCGUGGAAAGAUGCUUGGCGGGAGUAGUAGCUUGAACUAUUUCACUUGGAUUCGUGGGAGUAGGGAAACAUUCGAUGCGUGGCAGGAGUAUGGUGGGGAUGAAUGGACAUGGGAAAAUUGCAAACAAUAUUUCGAAAAGGCACAGCAUACACCUGAACGUACAGUCUACCAAGGUGUCCGGCCAAGUAGCGCAGUAUACGUCACUGGGAAAAGCAACGUGGAGAUAAUGCAUUCAACCGUCACCACAAAGAUCAACUUUGAGGAUGAUACUGCAGUGAGUGUAACUGUUGUCGGAACGGAUCAAAACGAGACCACCCUGAAAGCAAAGAAAGAGAUCAUCAUUGCAGGUGGAGUUUUUGAAACACCCAAGCUGUUGCUUCUUUCUGGCAUCGGUCCCAGACGUGAACUAGCUCGUCAUGGAAUUCGCCCUGUGAUAACGUCCGAGCAUGUGGGCGAGCAUCUUCUCGACCAUCCCAUUCUGCCACACGUUUUUAAACUGAAGGAUGGCGUGGGGCUGGACCAUAUUCUUCUUCGAGAGGGACCUGCCCACAAUGCUGCCGUGAAGCAAUACGAGCGGAAUAAAACGGGUCCACUUGCUAGUGGCCUCCUUGAAAUGAUAGCAUUUCCACGCAUCGACAAGCAACUCGAAGAACAUGAUAUGUAUCGAGAAGCUAAGGCGAACAAUGGAGGCAAAGAUCCUUUUGGGCCUGACGGUCAACCUCAUUUUGAAAUUGACUUCAUUCCCAUGUUCUGUGAUGCAUUCCAGUGGCACUUUGAUAUCCCACCGGAGGGAGACUGGCUAACGGUCGUCGUCGACCUCCUUCAUCCACAGUCAAAGAGCGGGCAUGUCAGACUCAAUUCGAUCGAUCCACGUGAACAACCCGAAAUCAAUCUCAACUACUUUACCGACGAACUAGAUAUCCUCGCCUUGAGAGAAGAGGUCAUUGCUGAGGACUUUCCGUGGCCCAUGCCACGUGAUUCGGAUGAAGAGAUGGAUCGCCUUAUUCUGGACCGGGCCCAGACUGGAUCUCACCCCUGUGGCACUGCUCGACUGUCUAAUGAUAUUGACCAGGGUGUGGUGGACUCUCAUUUGAGGGUCCACGGGGCUAAAAAUCUUCGUAUUGUUGAUGCGUCCAUCAUCCCAGUCAUUUCGGACUGCCGAAUCCAAAGUGCAGUCUACAUGAUUGGAGAAAAGGGUGCCGACAUAAUCAAAGCAGCUUAUCCGGAGCUCUAUAAAUGA